AUGAAGCAAGUCAUGAACGGUGUGUUUGCCAUAAACAAACCCAGUGGGAGAACCUCAGCCAACAUAAUUGCAGAGUUACAAGAAAUCUUCACCAAGUCGCAAGUGUUUGCCCUGGAUAUGCAAGCGAUACGAGACAAGAUGUCCUACGACUUGGGCCAGGACAAGAAGUGGAAAAACAAGGCCAAAAAGAAAAUAGCCAACGCCAAGGUGAAAAUCGGGCACGGGGGCGCGUUGGACCCUUUAGCGAGAGGGGUGUUGGUUGUUGGCGUUGGGCUAGGUACAAAGAAGCUACAGUACUACCUCACCGAGUGCCAAAAGACCUACGAAGCCAAGGCAUUGCUUGGUAUUGCCACGACAACGGGUGAUUCAGAGGGACAGAUUGUGUCUCAGAAUGAAAUAGCACAUAUAACACCAGACUCGGUUUUACACGCGGCGGAGAAAUUUGUUGGCGACAUUAAACAAACUCCACCGAUUUUCUCCGCGUUGAAAGUGGACGGCAAGCCCUUGUAUGAAUACGCGAGAGAGGGGAAACCCAUACCGAGGGAUAUCAAAGUGCGAGAGGUUAACGUGGGGCGUAUCAAAGUGUGUGAGGAGGACCUCCUCACCACUGAACAUGACUUUAAAAGAUUGGAAAGCGAGUUGGAUGAAAACGGCGUCGCAAAAGAACAUGCGUUGAUGAACAACCCCACGUUAAACGACUCGCCAUUGUAUUUUUCCAAACAGUACCUUGAGCAAACUGGGGGAGUGCCUCAAGAGUGCAAGCCACGGUUGUUGUCAGAGGACGAGAGCCAUCCGGACAAAUUGCCCAUGUUCCAUUUCACCGCCGAUGUAUCGUCAGGGACCUAUAUCCGGAGUUUAAUCAGUGACAUUGGCCGUGCAAUGGACUCCUCUGCGUAUAUGGUGGAUCUUGUUAGAACGAAGCAGUCGGAAUGGGUUUUGGGUCGCAAUGUGUUUGAGUUGGAGAACUUCCAAAGGGGUGAUAGAGUGUGGGGCCCAGUGUUGAAAAAGGUCUUGGCUCAUGGUGGUGAAGGGGUCGACUUGGCAAAGGAACUAGCCGAGGCUGAAAAGGAGACUCAAAGGGGGGUUGAAAACAAGGGCGAUGAGGACUUUGACUUGGAAUCGGAAUUCGCCAAAGCUAAGCAAGCUCUGCAUCGGGAUAAUGACGAGGGUGCCGAGGGAUUCAAGAAGCGAAAAUUGACCUAG